AUGAGUUGGCUAAUUAUCAUGACUUUUCACAUUGCGCUACGAUGCUAUAGGGAAAAGGGGUUUUACUAUGUUUCAAAAUGCACUUCGGCACUUCGACAAUUAGUGUAUGGCACAGCUAGUGAUUCAUGGGAUGAAUAUUUAAGGAUGUCCGAGAGAAUGAGUCAGGAGUGUUUGUAUGAAUUUUCCAAAGGUAUUGUGAACAUGUAUAGCAAGCUCUAUUUACGUAAGCUAACGAAGAAGGAUAUAGAAAAGUUUUAUGCAUUCCAUGAAGAGACACAUAGAUUUCCUAGGAUGCUAGGAAGCAUUGAUUGUAUGCAUUGGCGAUGGCGUACUUGCCCUACUGCAUGGCGCGGUCAACAUAUGCGUGGUGAUAUAGGUUCAAACAAUAACUUAAACGUUGUUGCAAGAUCUCAUAGUUUCGACGAUAUCAUUAGAGGUAUGGGCCCUGAUUGUCCUUUCCUGCUCAAUGGGGUGUCAUACAAGCAUAGGUAUUACCUAGCCGACGGUAUAUACCCAUCCUAUAUGGCUAUUGUUAAAACUAUUCCUGAACCCCAUGAUGAAAAAAGAAAAAAGUUUGCGAAUUACCAAGAAGCGGCAAGGAAAGAUGUCGAACGGUGA